UAAUAUAUUGUUGCAAGUUUGUGACGAUUAAAAUUAAGCUUAUCGUUGUUGGUUGGUUUUGCUUGAUAUAUCAAAAGUUUAUUUAUACAGAAGUUUGUAAUGUUUUUACGAUAUCAGCAACAAUUAAUAUCUCGAUUGAUAUUGCAAUAAAAGUUUAAUGCGAGAGAAUCAAUAAGCGUAAAGGUUGAACACGCAGUCACGUAUUUCGCGUGCAAACAGUGUGUGAAGUUGGAGUUUUAACCUCGUAAAUAACGCUUUGCAUUAAGCGGUAUAUUAGGUGUCGAUCAGUCAAGGAUCUAAAAGUGAUUUAAGAAAGUUUACGUCAAAGAUAAUGAGUCCAUUAAAUCGGGGACCUUUAUUAGGACCGCGAGUUCCACCGGCUGGUAUACGGCCUCCUCCACCUCCAAGAUUUGGAGGUAGACUACCACCUCUUGCUUUCCCCCCAGGAAUGGCACCACCACCUAUAAAUCCAGUUUUUGGCCCAAUACGACAAAGAUUACCGCCACCACCAAGACCAGGUGGAGUAAACAGACCCAGUGGUCCAAUGCCACUGUUUGGUCCAAGAGUUAGAGCUAUGGCCCCAAUGGCUCUACCAAUGGGCUUAAGAGGUGCAGGACCUCGAGGACCAUUAAUGAGACCUUGGCAUAGAAGAGCACUACCACCUCAAAUUUUGUCUCAUAUGAGACCACGAUUUUCCAUAGGAAAUGGCAAUUCUAAAGGGAAACCAUUGAACAAUGUGAAAAAAGUUAGCAAACUUGAUGAAUUAGAACUAAAGAAGCCAUGGAUGACUGAUGAAAUUCGUAGUGAAAUACAAAAGAAAAAUAAGCUGUAUGCUAAAGCAAAAAAGAAUAAAGAUGCAAAAGAAUGGGAAGAAUUUAAAGAUUUGAGAAACAAAGUAACCAGGAUGAUCAGAGAUGCUAAAAAUGAUUAUCUUGCAAAACAUCCAGAACAGGCUCAUCUUUAUCCAAGUGAUGGGGAACCUUAUGAUCAGAGAGAUAUAAAUGAUACCAGUUCAGAGGAUGAUGAAUCGUUUUAUUGCGAAGUAUGCGAUAAAGACUUUUCAUCAGAGGAUGCUCUUUCUAAACAUAAACAAGAACAUAAAUUUUGUGGUAUCGAUGGAUGUACUUUUUCUGCUUAUCCAUUGCUUGUUGAAAAACAUAUAGCAAUGCAGCAUAGUACUGGUUUGUAUCAUAAAAUAAAAAAUAUAUCAACUCCAGAAGAUAUUGAAAAAUGGAUAAUGGAACGGAAAAAGAGAUAUCCUACAAAAGUUAACAUUGAAUUACGAAAUGCGGAAAAAUUGGAAAAAACACAAAGGGGAGAAAUAAUAAAACAAAAGCAAGAUAUUACCAAGCAGCAUAAAAGAAAAAAGUUGUUACGCUCUCGCAAUCGAAAAAGAACAGUACAAAAACAACCUACUGAAAUUAGCAAUACCAUUCAACAAAAGGAAACAUAUAGAGGUUUACCUGAAUUCUGUGGAACGUCGAAUUUACGGGAUACUAACUUGCAGAUAGAAAGUAAGACUGAUGAAACUAUUGAAAAUGUACCUGAGGAAAAUAUCAACUAUAUCUCUGAUGAAGAAGAAAUACCUACUACAUCAUCAGAAUCUGUGACUACUACUUUGAACAUACCUAAUUUAGUAGCAAAUUAUGAAAGUAGUUCUGAAGAAAGCAAUGGCCCUCUAGAAGUACCAAUUAAGAGAGAAAAAUUGGAUAAUUUGACAGUAGAAGAAAAUGAUAUUAAAAAAAAUGAAAAUGAAAUUAUCCAUAAUACGCAAUCAAGUGUAAAUAUACAAGAACGACCUGCUCCUCAGUCGUCAGAAAAAUUGAUGUCUAAAGAUUUUAAAUCUAAAAAGAAACAAAAUAUUGAAUCAAAUCGGGAUUUAAAAAAUAAAAAACAAAAAUGUGAGAUAAACAAGAAACAACCAUAUACCUCACAAUUGUUACAAAAACUACUUUCACGAUCUAUACAGCACGAAAGGAAUUUAAUUUGUCAGUGUGUAAAAUACAUAGUAGAUAAUAAUUUUUUUGAUUGACAAUAACUAAUGUUCUAUAAUGAUAUUUGA